AUGAACCUCUUCACCCUCUUUACCAGCCUUACGUGCAUCUUCCUCUUCGCCAUAACCCUCGCCUCCCCACUCCACACAAACGCAACCACAACCCUAUUCCAAUACAGCACCACCGGCACCUGGCUCGAAAACAUCGCCCUCGGCCCCCCAUCCACCAACACCCUGCUCGUCACGCGCAUGGACGUCCCCGAGCUCUGGGCCGUCGACACCAUCGCCCACAACGCCACCCGGGUUGCAACCUUCCCAAACGCCACAGCCUGCAUGGGCAUCACCCCGGUGGACGAGGGAAUCUACGCCGUCGUAGCGGGCAGCCUCGUGAUAACUGAUAUCGGGCAUCCCGUUGAGGGGUCUUGGUCGGUGUAUACGGUUGAUGUUUCUGCGAUUUCUGACGGGGAGGCACCCGUGCGCAAGGUGGUGGAUCUGAGAGAGGCGGGGUGGUUGAAUGGGAUGACGCUCUUCCCGGACCGAGUGGUGCUGAUUGCCGACUCGGUCAACGGGGUGAUCUGGCAGCUGGAUGCACGGACGGGGGAGUACAGCGUCGCUCUGAACGAUACAGCCAGCAUGGCUGCGUCGCCGACGGAUCCGCUGGGGCUCGGGGUGAAUGGGGUGCGGGUGUGGAAGGAGUACGUGUAUUACUCGACAGAUUCGCGGAGCGCGGUGUUUCGGGUGCCGGUUGGUUGGGAGAAGACCACUAAGAGGGUGGUGGCAGCGGGGCCGGUGGAGACGGUGGCGCAGGAUGUCGUGGUGGAUGAUUUCGCGGUGGCAGAGGAUGGGACGUUGUAUUUGAUGGCCAUCGCCGAGAAUGAGGUGGUUAGGGUUACGGUCGAUGCGGGGAAGGAGGUCUUGGUGGGCGCCAAGGAGAGAAGGGAAGUGGCGGGGUGUACCUCCGCGGUGGUUUCGAGGGAUGGGAGGCGGUUGUGGGUUACCACAAAUGGGGGGCAUAUUGUUCCUGCUGAGGGUGGGGAGGAGCCGGCGAAGGUGGUGGAGGUGGUUUUGGAGUAG